AGAAGAACGCGCAAGGGUCGCCAAAAGGUGGAGAUGGUGAAAAUGAAUAAUGAAAGCAAUCUCCAGGUAACCUUCUCGAAACGCCGCUCUGGCCUCUUCAAAAAGGCCAGCGAACUUUGCACUCUCUGCGGUGCUGAAGUCGCCCUGGUGGUCUUCUCCCCCGGCAAAAAGGUCUUCUCUUUUGCCACCCUUGUGUGUGAGACGGUCAUCGACCGUUAUCUCACCCAAUCCACCCCUCCGGUCUCCGGCACCCAUCAACUCAUUGAGGCUCACCGCAACACCACCGUUCGCGAGCUCAACAUGCAACUCACCCAAGUGAUGAGCGAGUUGGAGGCGGAGAAGAAGCGUGGCGAAGAGCUGAAUCAGAUACGGAAGGCGACUCAGGUGCAGUGCUGGUGGGCGAAUCCGGUGAAUGAGCUAAGUAUGCCGCAGCUUCAGCAGUUGAAGGCGGCGCUGGAGGACCUGAAGAAGAAAGUGACAUAAAAGAAUUAAAAUUUAUAUUUACGGGUAUGGGGAGGGGAUUUUUCCCCGCGGGGACGGGGCGAGGAUGGAGAGGGGAUUUUCCUUCGCGGGGAGGGGACGGAGAUUC